AGCAAGAAUCUUUAAUUUAAGAGCCCUACCUUCAACUUGUGCACCAAAAAACUCUAUAUAUGUACUUUGAUCUAUGAGGCCUUACAUAACUUCAUUUCCUAAGAUCAGUAAAUAAUGGCUACCUCUUUUAUCAACUCUCUUCACAACUUCUUCCUCCUCCUCUGUGUUCUUCUUCUUACAUUACUUUUUAUGGUUCUGAAGAUUCAAUCCAAGAAAAAAAAUCAAAGUAUUAUUUCAAAUUCUCCACCAGGAAGCUUAGGAUUUCCAUUAAUAGGAGAAACGCUGGCUUUCAUCUCUGCAAAUGGCUGCAUCAAAGGGCUUUAUGAUUUUGUUGAAAGAAGACAUCUAAAGUAUGGAAAAUGUUUCAAGACAAAAAUCUUUGGAGAAACUCAUGUCUUCCUUUCAUCAACUGAAUCUGCAAAAUCAAUUUUAAGUGGGGAUUCGAUUGAUUUCUCCAAAAGAUACAUGAGAUCAAUUGCAGAAUUGUUAGGAGAUCAAAGUAUACUAUGUUUAUCUUAUCAGAAUCAUAAGUUUAUGCGUGGAAUCAUAUCGAAUCUCUUCACAUCAAAUUCCAUGGAUUCUGCAAUCAAGAACUUUGAUGAACUUGUAAUCAGAACAAUGGCUGAAUGGCAGCAAAAUGAAGCAGCAGUGGUGCUUAAUGAUGCUAUGAAGAUUACCUUCAAUGCCAUAUGUAAAAUGCUGAUAAGUUUAGACCAAGAAGAAGAAUUAGAAGCACUGCAAAAGGAUGUAUCUGAAAUAAGUGAAGCAAUGGUAGCCUUUCCUUUGAAAUGGCCUGGAACUAGAUUUUUCAGAGGAAUCAAGGCUAGGGAAAGAGUCAUGAAAGCCUUGAGGAGAAAGAUAGAUAUGAGGAGAAGGAGUUCAGACUAUUAUGAGGAUUUCUUGCAGUCCUUGCUUGCAAGAAAUGACAUACAAAAUGAAGAGCCAUUAUCUGAUAGACAAAUUGAAGAUAAUAUAUUGACAUUAAUAAUUGCAGGACAAAUUACAACAGCAAGUGCCAUAGCAUGGAUGGUUAAAUACCUUGAUGAGAAUCAACAAGUUAAAGAGACACUAACGGCAAAACAAUUGGAGCUACAAUUCAAAUUUUCCAGAAAUGCAUAUCUAAAGCUUGAGACUUUGAGUGAAAUGUCAUAUGCAUCAAAGAUUGUGAAGGAGUCCUUAAGGAUGGCCACUAUAGUAUCAUGGUUCCCAAGAGUGGCCUUGAGAGAUUGCCAAAUUGAAGGCUUUCAUAUUAAGAAAGGUUGGAUAGUCAAUGUGGAUGCGAGAUCAAUACACCAUGAUCCUAUGCUAUAUGCUGAUCCAUUUGAGUUUAAUCCAUCGAGAUUUGAUGUCGAACUGAAGGCUUGUAGCUUUCUAGCUUUUGGCACAGGAGGAAGAACUUGCUUGGGAAUAAAUCUUGCCAAAGCUUUCAUGAUGGUUUUUCUCCAUCGCCUUGUUACUACAUAUAGGUGGAGAGUUACAGACAGAAACCCAAGCAUGGCAAAAUGGUCCAUAUUUCCAAUGUUGAGGAGUGGUUGCCCAAUCAAGAUUGCUCCAAUAGCCACACACAAUGUGAUACCAUAAACUUGUUUAUAUUCAAAUACUGAAAGCUUACUUAUCAUGCAAGUAGGGGAACACAUCAUGUCCUUGUGCAUUCUUGGCUUCAAUUGCUAGUUCAUUGAUGGUAUCAUAGGCUCCCAUAAAUACUCGUUGCAAGGUGGGUUCAAGAACUUGCGCCACUGAAGGUUUCCAUCUACAAACAUUGUCAAAUAACAUAUUAUAUAUAUUUUUCACCAAUAAUACAACGUGUAAUACAUGUAAACUUACUCAUUUAGUGCUUGGCAAAAUAUUUUUAGAUCAUUGAUGGAUUCAUGGCUUU